UAUAUAGAAGAGUGCAUGAACAGUAUGGAUAUGGAGCAUUUCAGCAAAAUAACAGAUUUCCUCUUGUUCAAAAUAAAACUUGACAGCACUGAAGGAAACCUCUUAAAAUUUGAAGCAAAAAUGAUCGAAAACAUAUUUAAAAGAAACCUAUUUGAGUGUGUGUUUGAGAGUUCGCCUAUAAAAGCGGACAUAUUUGACAGGAACAAAACAAAAAUUGAGAUCGAAGAUGAAUUAAAAACAAUGAUUGUGGAUGACUCAAACUCACAUGGCAUUCAGCCGAAUUUAUUUAUUAAGAUGACCUACUUGGAUUUUGGGAUGAAGGAAGCGAACCCUGUAGAGAGAUUGAAGGUCUAUUCUAAAGACGAUUUUACAAAAGCCAGACAUUUUACAAAGGAAGAGGCUAGCAAAGUUUUUGGACCCGCGACAUUUAAUGAGGUUAUAGUUCGAGUUUUUCUGAAUAAUACAAAUAGAAUGUAUAGCACAGAUGUAAUGGGGAGAUUGCGUGAAUCAUCGGAAAAGACAAUUAAAGCAUUGGUGAAAUAGAAUGCUAGCAAAGACAUCAUCUGAGAUCACAGCCACCGCGGCGGGUGUAUAAACAUUUAGUCUGAAACUAGUUUUAACGCUUUGAUAUACGACAGCAUCGCAAUGUGGUAUAGAAUAUAUAUACUAGAUAGAGUCGUAACUGACAAAUAUAUGUUCGGUAAAAACAGAAUAGGCGAAAACAAACAUGAGUUUAUUGCAUGCAUAGUCGUCUCUGGUUUGUCUUGCCAUCCAGGCCAAUGAAGCAAACGGAAAAUAAGAUCGGAAAAAUUAAAAAGCAACCUCUACUUACAGAAACAUAGUGGCUGAUAUUCUUAUAACAUAUAAGCUAUUAUAAUGUGCAGUACACAUGAACCUAUACACUGUAAAAGUGUGGCUACCAAAAUUAUGGGUACUAUUCUAAGGCUGAUAUACAACGGUAAAAAGAAGUUGUCUAACAAAAACAUCGUACAUUAAUUGCUUAAUCUAGCUU